AUGACCAAAAAUAUUGUUUACUUUUAUGAUCCGGAAAUUGGAAUAUACCACUAUGCGACAGGACACCCGAUGAAGCCAUUAAGAGUGCGAAUGACCCAUUCUCUUAUUGUAAACUAUGGUUUGUACAGAAAGAUGGACAUUCUUAAGCCUUUUAUGGCUUCUUAUAAAAAUUUAACUAAUUUUCAUAGUAUUGAUUAUAUUAAUUUUUUAUCGAGUGUAACAACAGAAAAUAUGCAAGAAAUUACUAGUGAUUUGACAAAAUUUAAUGUUAAAGAUGACUGUCCUGUGUUUUCUGGAUUGUACGAUUUUUGCCGCCUAACAGCGGGUGGAACAAUGUAUGCUGCGCAAAAAAUUAAUUCGGGAAAAUAUGAUAUAGCAAUAAAUUGGUCGGGCGGUCUCCAUCAUGCAAAAAGAAACGAAGCGUCUGGAUUUUGUUAUGUAAAUGAUAUUGUGCUUGGAAUUUUAGAACUUUUAAAAUACAAUAAAAGAGUUUUAUAUAUUGAUAUAGAUGUACAUCAUGGUGAUGGUGUAGAAGAAGCUUUUUACACGACUGAUCGUGUUAUGACUGUAUCUUUUCAUAAACAUGGUGACUAUUUUCCUGGUACCGGGAGUAUAGAUGAUAUUGGAUUAGGAAAAGGUAAAAAUUACGCAGUUAAUGUUCCUUUAAGAAAUGGUAUUGAUGAUGUAACUUAUAUCGCAUUGUUUAAAUCAAUUAUUGAUAAGGUUAUGGAUUUAUAUAGGCCUAAUGCUGUUAUAUUACAAUGUGGCGCCGACUCACUUGCAGGUGAUAAAUUAGGAUGCUUUAAUCUUUCACAUAUUGGCCAUUCUGAAUGUGUUAAGCAUGUUAAAUCUUUUAAUAUUCCUCUAAUUUUACUAGGUGGUGGUGGAUACACAAUAGGAAAUGUUAGUCGAGCAUGGGCGUAUGAUACAGCCACUGUUUUGAAUGAAGAAAUCGAUUCCGAUUUACCAUUUAAUGAAUUUUACGAGUAUUUUGGUCCUACCUAUAAAAUAGAUGUACCUACUAGCAAUAUGACUAAUAAGAAUACUUCUGAUUAUAUUGAUAAAUUGAUCGAAAACAUCACUGAAAAUCUAAGACAUGUUUCACAUGCACCUAGCGCAGAGUUAAUAGUUCCACCCAAGCCUUUUGUAGAAGAUGAUAGUGAUUAUGAAGAACUUAUAGUAAAAAUGAAAGAAAGUAGUAAUGGCGAUUCAGGAGAUUAUAAAGAUUUUAAUGACGAUUCUAGCGAUGGCUGA